AAAAAUGGCGGCGCCCAUAGCGAAGUCAUGGAAGUUGUUCGCGAGACAUAAAUACUACUUAUUAUCAGGAUUGAAAAAUGUGAAUCCCGGAUUAUACCCAAGGCACGCCUCCUCAGGGAGCAGUGAAUGGGGAUUUCUGUAUUUGUUAAACCAAAGGGGGGUUUUAGAGGACAUUCUUCCCGAGUCUGGCCAGCUGUCGCUGUCUCGGCUCUUGCAUUCGGGCGCACAGACGGUGUACUGCGGCUUCGACCCCACGGCCGACAGCCUGCACAUCGGGAACCUGCUACCCGUCAUCGCCCUAAUGCACUUCCGUAACGCCGGACACAAUGUCGUAGCAGUCAUCGGCGAAGCCACUGCCCAGAUCGGGGAUCCUUGCGGCAAGCCCGUGGAACGGGACCGACUAUCCGUCGGUACAAUGAAGGAGAACGCCAGGGGCGUCAGAAAUUGCCUGCAACGAUUAUUCAUCCAUCAUGAACUGUGCUUCUCAAGCGAGCAUCAGAAGCUUGGAUCGGUGGCAGUGCUAAACAAUGCCAGCUGGUACCGCGGAUGGAGUGCCGUAUCUUUCCUGUCCGAGGUGGGGAGACACUUCCGAAUGGGGGCGCUGUUAAGCAGACACGGCGUUCAGUCGCGACUGAAGAGUGCCGAGGGCCUGAAUCUGACCGAGUUCACGUACCAGCUCCUUCAAGCCUACGACUUCUAUCACCUACAUCAGCACCAGGACUGCAGGAUCCAGGUCGGGGGGGCGGACCAGCUCGGCAACAUCGCGUCCGGACAAGAAUUCAUUCACAAGAUGACUGGGCAGGACGUGUACGGACUCACCGUGCCGCUGGUAGCCAGCUUUGCAGGGGACAAGCUGGGGAAGACAGCGGGAAACGCACUGUGGCUGGACCGGGAGCGGACGUCACCCUUUGAGCUGUUCCAGUACUUCCUGAGGCAGCCCGACAGCUGUGUGGAAAGGUACCUGAGGCUGUUCACAUUCCUCUCCUUGGAGGAGGUGGGUCAUGUGAUGGAGGAGCAGAAGCAGGACCCCGGCAAACGGUCUGCGCAGCGGCAGCUGGCGGAAGAGGUGACCAGACUCGUCCACGGCGAAGACGGUGUGGAAAGCGCCCGGAGGUGCACGGACGCCCUCUACCAUGGCAGCCUGGAGGCGCUGCAGGAAAUGAGUGAUGUGGAGCUGCAGGAACUCUUUAGGGAGGUGCCUGUCUGCGAGUUGGUGCUGGAGCCGAGAUUCACCGUGCUGGACGUCUGCAGGAAAGCGGGGGCUGUUCCCGACGGGCCCCGUGGGUCCCGGAUGGUGAAGGAAGGGGCGGUGUGGCUGAACCACUGCCGGGUCGACUGUGCAGAGCAGCUGAUCAGUCAGGACAACCAUAUCUUGGCCAACGGGCUGACCUUGCUUAGGGUGGGCAAGAGGAACUUCUACAUCCUUAAAUGGUUGACCUCGUAACCCUUCUUCAAGCUCUCUGAAAGGGGCAUGAUGGACCGUGUGCUUCCAGACUGAACUACUUUUGGACAGUCAGCUGACUUUAUGACGUAGGACAAUAUUCCAGUGUAUACCAAGUAUAUUUAAGGCUUAGUAUGGCACUGUAUGUAUCAUACAUUAAAAUGGGGGGGGGGAGGGGGGCGGGCAGCAACACAAAGCUGUUUGUUGAACAGAAAGAGCAAAACCACAUCAUCAGUAAUGCAAGUUAAGGCAUCGUUCGGGUAUGUUUGCACUGUUUUCCAGGUGAGCAGCCCAGUGCUGCCCCACAAAGGCUGAACACCGUAACUGCAUGUUUUAUCAAAAUCAAGUUAUGACCAAAAUCAGGUCUGUUGUACACUGUGAUAAAAUAACUAACUUCAGCUAUGCUCAGUUUUGAAGAAAAGAGUGUGAAAAUUAGAAUACCUACAACCCCCCCCCCACACACACACACACAAAAAAAAUAAAAGGAAAAUAAUAAUCAGGCAAAACAACUUGUACCUUUUUCUCAGUUCCACUAUCAGUGUAGUAAACAUGUUUUGCCUUUGGAGGGCAGUGUGGCUCAGUGGGCAUCUCUGCUGUCCCCUAGUUUGUGUGUGUGGGCCCUGGGAUUAUCCAGUGUUCUGUCCACGGUGUACCCCAGCCUUCUGCCCUAUACUGUAUGGGGUAGGCUCUGUAACUAUGUCCAAGGUAAGAUUGGAAGAUUAAUGCAUGGAAUAAAUAUGUAAAUACGCAGUCAAAUUCCUGUGCUACUGUUGUAAAGGCUGCUAUUGGUGUUCCCUGAUGACUUUCUCUGAAAUUGAAUGUUUUCAGUCCUACCACUAGGUGUCAGGAUUGGCCUUCCUUCAGUUGUCGGCUUUCUUCAGUUGUCAUUCAGUAUCUCAUUUUUUAAAAUUGGACUAUAUCAAUUUGACGGCAUAUAAUGUGUGUAAACAUUGUAUAAGAUGUGUAAUUCUUUCAAAUGGAAUUUAUCAUGGGGUAAAUGUAGCCAUGUGUGGCUGACCUGUUA